AUGCAUUUCUGCUGUAUCAUAUUUAACUGUUUGCAAACUUCUGCUGGGAGGUUGAGCAGCGACUGUAGAAAUUCCACCCCGCUUCCCCGCCCAGGGCCUAGGAGUGACUUGUAAGGAAGGGUUAAGAGGGAGAGGUAGUCAGCGGUCGGGGGCCAGGAAGAUGGAGGGGAGAAUGAGAAAGUGUUUGUAAGAUUGCACUGUCCGCAACCCGGCUUCCCGCAGGCCAAGCAUCUCCUUCCCUGACUUCGGGGCCGCGGCUCCCCGAGCCAGGCUAGGCCCCUUUAAGAGCCAGCGCGCGCCCCGGCCCCGCGUGCGCUCACUUUCCCUAGCAACCGCCCCGGGGGAGGAGGAGGUCCUGGCAACGGCGCACCAGCCCGGAGGGUCACGUGACGGCCCGCAGCUGGAACGCGAGCGCGCGCCCUGCCGCGAGCCCGCCCGCCGAGCCUGAGCGCUGCGGCGCGUGCGCGAGCGGUGCAGCACCGGCCGCGGGAGCAGGGAGUAUUAUGGGCUGUGGGUGCCGCUGAGCAAGAUGGAGCUGUCUGCAGUGGGCGAGCGGGUCUUCGCGGCCGAAUCUAUCAUCAAACGGCGGAUCCGAAAGGGACGCAUCGAGUACCUGGUGAAAUGGAAGGGGUGGGCCAUCAAGUACAGCACUUGGGAGCCCGAAGAGAACAUCCUGGACUCGCGGCUCAUUGCAGCCUUCGAACAGAAGGAGCGGGAGCGUGAGCUGUAUGGGCCCAAGAAGAGGGGACCCAAACCCAAAACUUUCCUCCUGAAGGCGCGGGCCCAGGCCGAGGCCCUCCGCAUCAGCGAUGUGCAUUUCUCCGUCAAGCCGAGCGCCAGCGCCUCCUCGCCCAAGCUCCAUUCCAGCGCUGCGGUGCACCGGCUCAAGAAGGACAUCCGCCGCUGCCACCGCAUGUCCCGCCGCCCCCUGCCCCGCCCAGACCCCCAGGGGGGCAGCCCCGGCCUGCGCCCGCCCAUCUCCCCCUUCUCCGAGACCGUGCGCAUCAUCAAUCGCAAGGUCAAGCCGCGGGAGCCCAAGCGGAACCGCAUUAUCCUCAACCUGAAGGUGAUCGACAAGGGCCCGGGCGCAGGCGGCGCCGGGCAGGGGGCCGGGGCCCUGGCCCGCCCCAAAGUCCCGUCCCGGAACCGCGUUAUCGGCAAGAGCAAGAAGUUCAGCGAGAGCAUCCUGCGCACGCAGGUCCGCCACAUGAAGUUCGGCACGUUCGCGCUCUACAACAAGCCCCCGCCCGGCCCUCUGCAGCCCCCGCCCGCCGGCAAGACCGACCUCGCCGCCUCCCCCGGCCAGGGGCUGCUCCUGGCGCCCCCGAGUGCUCCCUACGACGCCCGCAGCUCCGGCUCCUCCGGCUGCCCCUCGCCCGCCCCUCACUCCUCCGAGCCGGAGGACGCGCCCCCCAAGCUGCUCCCGGAGACCACGAGCCCAUCGGUCCCCGACUGGCGGGAGCCCGAAGUGCUUGACCUGUCCCUCCCGCCCGAGGCGGCGGCCACCAGCAAGCGGGCGCCUCCCGAGGUCCCUGCAGCUGCCAGCCAGGCCCUUUCCGCCGCCCCUGAGCCGGCCGGCGCCGCCUCCGAGCCCGAGGCGGGGGACUGGCGCCCUGAGAUGUCACCCUGCUCCAACGUGGUCGUCACCGACGUCACCAGCAACCUCCUCACGGUCACUAUCAAGGAAUUCUGCAACCCAGAGGAUUUCGAGAAGGUGGCUGCUGGGGUAGCAGGCGCCGCAGCAGGGGGUGGCAGCAGCGGGGCGAGCAAGUAAGGGGGGCUCCACCAAGAGGGGGGGACUGGGGGGCGCCCUCCUGCCCAAAGUCAUACUCUUGCUCCCGCCCCCGCACCCCCCCGCCCUCAGACAACCCCGCCUGUGCUUUGCUUGUUUCAAAAGGCUCGGCGUUGACCCCGGGAUGGGGCUGGGUAGUUGGAGACCCCCUGAAGCCCAAUGGGAGGGGCAGGCCUGGAACGGGGUGGGGCUGGGGUGGGGGGCGAGGGCACCGGGAAGUCCUCCCUCUUGUCUCUUGGCACCCUCCUUGCCCACGCACAGUGGGGCCUGCUGGGUGGCUCCUAGGGAGCCCCAGAACCUAGGGUUCAGCUGCCCUCCCCACAUCCCGUCCUGUCUCUAUCCAGCUUGCUUCCAGCUCUCGCGCACAGCAUCUGAUUUCUCGGUGCUAACCCCCGGCAGCUGCAGGGCCCCUUAGGGGACCCCCAUCCCAGCAUGGGCACCGUCCCUUUCCUUCCUCCAGAUAACCCGGGAAGGAGGGGCAGGGAUGGGGAAGCCAGGACAGAGGUGGAGCUGAAGGCGGCCGUGGCCCCUCUCCUCCCCUUUCCGCCUCCCUUGUGAGGGCGGCAGGAGCUGGGCCCACGUUUGGACCACCCAAGCGGGCCCCCGUGGCUCCCACCCACCCAUCUUUUUCCUAAUUUCUGUCUUGAAGGUGGGAGGGGCUGGCACGAACCUCGCCUGCCAUGGCCUCCCGGCAUCUAAAGGUCCCUCAGUUUUCAACCAAAGGUGCUACAAGAACCUGCGGCGCGGACUUCCUGCUGCGCAUGCGCCUGCCGACCCAGGCGCGUCCGCGUGUAUCCGUAUCUGCGUGGGGCCCCGGACCCUCCCUGGCCAUCAGCCGGGCCUGGGACCUGAUCCAGGUCCCAGGAGUUUGCUGCGGAGGCCGAGCUUCCCGGCACGCGUGUGCAGGGGCGGGUCGCCCAACCCCCGCCCUUCUCCUGUGGGGUUGUCGGGCCUGACAUGAUGGGGACUGAGGCCGAGGGGAGACAGACCACCGUCCCAAGCUGCUGCUUCCUCCUGGCAGUUUGCGGGGAGGAGGAAGCCUGGACACGGUUCUUAGCGUCUCCAGCUUCUCCCCCUCGCCCCCAGCCCCCCGCCCCUUCUCUCUUGCUUGUGAUCGCCCAGGCUUUGUCACAGCCCAGCCUUCUCCAAGCAGCAGGAGGCCUCCACUGCUCUAGGCAGCUUCGUUUUCUGCUGCGGCCUGGGAACAUGAGUCGUCCAUGCCAGUGGCAAAGACCAAAACCCCGGUUUUAGGCCUGGUGCUGGGAGGGCAGGCUGGCCCAAGCUGGGGAUGGAAGAGGGGGCCCGGUGUCCUUCCGGAGAGCGGGCCUGUGCAGGACCUGGGGUCUGGGGCACAGGGAACGCAACCCCGCUGGCCAGCCCUGGGGCACUGCCUGGGCUGUUUGGCACAAGUGGGAGUCCUUACUGGUGGCUCGAGGUGGCUUCUUGGUAUGUCAGCUUAGAACCCGUGAUGUCAGGAGGACGCAGAAAGGGAAUUCCGGGUGGGUAACAAAUGCCUUGGUCCUGAGCAUGGGGAGGACUCUGUCUUCCGACUGUCCCUGCCAGAGACUGUGGCAGGGUCCUCUGACCCUCCCCAUCCCGCCCUUCUGUUGGCUCUGUGGCCGUCCAAGUGCCAAUUGGCUUCGCCCCAAAUAAGGGCUGGUAUUUCUCCUCUUGUCGUUAGAGGGGAUCCCCCCCACCAACCCCCACCCCAGGUGCGUAUCCACCUGGGUGCCAGUUACAGGUGUUUCCAGAGACCAUAGAAAUGUGUUUUCCUGAGAGUCCGUGUCAUUCGUGACCUUUUUUGUAAAGAAGUUGUGUUUUCAGAGGUGAUUUUAUGACAGGAAAGUGAAAGAAUUAGUUUUGCAAAAAACAAAAAAAAAAAAAAAAAAGGGGGGGGGAAGAAAUAGAAAAAAAUAUUGUGGGAUUCCUAUGGGGUUGGGGAGGGUGGGGAGAAAGCUAUUUAAAGAAAAACUAGUAACGCAGCGAUUGCACAGCUGAGGCGGCAAUGUUAGGAACGUGGACAGAGGCCCAGGCCCAGCUGGGAGGGCGCCCCCACCCCGGGCAUGGCGACAGCCCCUCUUCCUUGGCCCGAGGCAAGGUAAGCCCUCCCUCCUGUGCUCAGCCCAGGUUCCACUCUUGUCCCAGCUCAGAUGGAAGGAUGAUCUCUGUUCCCAAAGGAACUUGCCAGAAGCUGCAGGGGCGAAGCAGGUAGAGCUGAGAUUGGGGGAGAUAACGGUCAGCAGGGGUCCCACUGUAGCCGGGACCCAGCGUUUGUGACUCUCCAGGAAGGCUGGUGAGUGGGUACAGUUGGGUUCCUUGCCCCCUUCAUUCCUUUGCCAGCCUGUUGGUACAUCUGGUCCCUCCACUGCCACCCCAUGGGGGCAUGUCCCUCCCCAUUGCCCCAGUGACCAUGACACCCCCAAGCUUCCAUGGCCAGGUAGGUGUUGCUGCAGGUGUCAGGAAGACAGGCGCUGUUGACUUGGGAGAGCCUUUGGUGGUGAUCAUGGUGGGUUGGGGGUAGCCCUAGGGAGAGGGUGUGCCCGCUCCAUCUCUUUCCACAGGCGAGUUGCUGCCCUUGACCCCCAGCUGUGCAGCCCUCCCCAGCAGAGGCUGGUUCCCAGGCGGGCAGCUCACCUGGGGGCCCAAGUGGGCACCAGGUCAAGAGCAAGUGGAGCCCUCCUUACCUCUCUCCUAGGGUGGCUCUGAGUCGGGCCCCGCAGCCCCCCACCACACUUGCACAGAUCAGCCUCCCGUGGGUCCUUCCUCCUCUGCUGCUGCUUUUCCGUUUGCCUAAUUACCAAGCAGAAGUUGCAGUUUGGUUGGCUUUAUUUUUUGUAUGUGAAAGACCCCUCAAGACCCGACCUCCUUCCUUGUUCAAUAUUGGCUGGGGUCAUCUCCCCUUAAUGCCACCCUGUUCUCACCCCCAUGUCAUAGGAAACAGAUGAGGUCUGGUGUCUGGUUUGAGGUGGGAAUUUGGGACCCGUCUCUGUCUCAUUCCCCUCCCAGAUGCUCAGUUUGCCCGUCUGAAAUGGGUGUAUUGGGCGGCAUGGCCUUUUCACCUGCUGGUGUCCCGGCAGCUGCUGAGGAUUAAGUGGUGGUGGAGGUUGCUGGCACUGGGGCCUCUAUUCUCCCACAGCUGCUUUUCAUUCUCAUCCUGCAAAGGGGUCAGGAUCAAAAUGGGCUCCAACUGAGCCCAGUGGGGCAGGCAGAGUGGGAGGGGUCACCCCACUUCCAAGGCCAGGAAACUUGGCCUCUGAGAGGCAAAGCUGCUUCAUUAGAGUGAAGAGCCCAGCUGCUCUGGCCUUUCGGGGACAACCUUUGAAAGGUGGGGACCGGGUCCUGGAGCUACCACAAAGCCAGGGGCUUCCCCUGAGCCAGGCAGUCUUGGGUGAGAGGUCAGCCCAAAGGAGGAAGCUGUUGGCUCGGGGAGCUGGGACACCACCAGCCUUUCUAGCCUCUGGGUGGACCCAAGUGGACACACUGCCUUUUGUGUCUUUAGGGGUUUUGUUGGUGGUUGUUGGUUUUGUGUUUUGGGAGGUUUUUUUCUUUUCUGUUUUUUUUUUUUUUUGCACUUGGCCCAUGCCGGACAGUGGGACCCACCUGGUCAGUUCCACUUUCAGGCUCCCAUGCACUAGCCCAAGGCAGCCUCUUGGGGGCUUGUAUGGUUUAAGGAAUCACUUUGAAAAAAAGAAAAAAAAAAAAAAGAAAGUGUUUAAAGGUUGUGGUUUUUUUUUUUUCUGUCUGCAUCUCCUCUCAGAUUGAGAAAGCCCAGAAUUAGGGGCCACCACUCCAGGACAGAGGGAGGGUGUCCCCAGCCUGGCCCUGUCUUAUUGAUAGUUGCCAAGACACCAAGAUGGGGGGGACAGGCUGGGUGGAGACUGAGGUACCCACCUCCCAGGCCUGUGGCAUCACCCUAUCCCGCCUUGAAGGAGUCAGCACUCCACUUCAGCAGUGGGUGAGUGCCUAUUGUAUGCAGAGCUUCAGCUAGGCAAAGGGGGGCUGGUGGUCUAAUGAGGGACCCCUUGCAAGAGGCCACACUAGAAGGAACCAAGGGUCCUGGGGCCUCCCCCUGCUAUUGGGCAGAGUAGAGAUGGAGACUUCUUGUUGGUUUUAAUUUAAAAACACAAAAGCCUAAAGAAAUGUAUCUUAUAAUUUUUUUUUAAUUUUUGAAAAGCUCAUUUAAUGAAUUGUGCACGAAUGAAUUCUAUAUAUAUAAAAUAUACAUAUAUAACUCUAUAUUUGGGGAGGGGCGCUGUCUCUUUUUUCUCUCAUUUUAAAAAUGAAGUGUUGUUGCCUUUGUCUGUGGUUCAACCAUCCAGCUCCCAGCUGGCUAAACUUUGCCUCCAGUGGUUCAAGACAGGAAACUAGUAGGGUGAGUGGGAGACCGGAGAUGCAGGGAGGGGGGCGCUACCCCAGCAUGGGGCUGGGCCCCCAGGCCACCUGCUCCUCUCCCAGAGGUCGCGGGUGGAGAAACGCCUUGUGUUGGGUGUGGAUUUCGGUUCUGUUCUGGAAUUGGUUGUUUCUGGGCCGGGGGAGGGGGGGUCUGUGCUGAUUACUCUCGUCUUGUAUGUUUUGUUCUGCUGCUCUUCAAUAUUGUAUCAAUGCCAGGAAGGGGGCGCGAAAAGCCUCUUUGGCCCCCCCCAAAUAAAUUGUCACAUUCCGAAGCUAAGGUCUA